AUGAAUGAGGACAUUCCCCGAUGGUUGAUAUGUGGUGCUGGCGCUGGUUUAGCAGUCGAUUUAGGACUUUAUCCCUUAGAUACAAUAAAAACUCGUUUGCAAAGCAAACAAGGCUUCAUAGCCGCCGGUGGAUUCCGGAAUAUUUAUAGCGGAAUGGGUUCAGUCGCUAUAGGAUCAGCUCCUGGAGCUGCACUAUUCUUCAUGAGCUACAGAACCAUAAACGGAUUUUUCAAAGAGGAAACAGCUUUUGUUCACGCCUUUUCUGCUAGUGUGGCAGAGACCAUAGCGUGUGCUAUCCGUGUGCCAACAGAGCUUGUUAAACAGCGAUUACAGGGUGCUGACUGUUCACCACUUGAAGGUGCUGCCUGUGGAAGCAUAGCAGGAGCAUUUGCUGCCGCACUGACCACCCCUCUUGAUGUAGCAAAAACUCGGAUUAUGCUUUCAAAAUCGGAAAAAGCUCCAACCAUAUUGAAGACUCUCAAUGAGAUAUAUACCACUCGUGGCUUCCCAUCACUGUUUUCUGGUAUCGUACCACGUGUUCUGUGGAUGACAGCAGGCGGUUUCGUUUUCUUCGGAGCCUACGAAACUGUGCUAGCGCUAUCUUAUUGGGUACGUCCAGAUAAGAAGAAGAAAAAUUUGCAUGAACCUCCAUUAGUACCAUAG